AUGGCAUUUUUCCAAACUGUCGAGACCCCCGCACUCACAUAUGAGCAGCCUUUGGGACUGUUCAUCAACAAUGAAUUUGUCAAGGGUGUGGCAGGGAGGACCUUUGAGACAAUCAAUCCCCACAACGAGAAGCCUAUUGUAGCCGUUCACGAAGGCACAGCGGAGGAUGUCGACAUUGCCGUGAAAGCUGCUCGCACUGCACUGAACGGGGAGUGGAAACAAAUCACGCCGUCCGAACGUGGUCGUCUCCUUACUCGUCUGGCAGACUUCCUAGAACGUGACAUUGAAACGCUGGCCGCUAUUGAAGCCCUUGACAAUGGCAAGGGAGUUACAAUGGCCAAAGGCGACGUUAACGCCUCUGCCGGAUGCCUGCGCUACUAUGGUGGCUGGGCCGACAAGAUUUACGGACAAACAAUUGACACUGAUACCAAUAGCUUGACCUACACGCGCCACGAACCGGUGGGCGUCUGUGGCCAAAUUAUUCCGUGGAACUUCCCGCUCUUGAUGUUUGCUUGGAAGAUUGGCCCUGCUCUUGCCACAGGAAAUACAAUUGUUAUGAAAACCGCCGAACAAACGCCCCUUUCAGCGCUCUAUGUGGCUAAACUUAUCAAAGAAGCGGGAUUCCCCGCUGGAGUGGUCAAUGUUAUUUCAGGAUUUGGAAGAACUGCCGGCGCGGCGAUCGCCUCUCACAUGGAUAUUGACAAGGUUGCUUUCACUGGGUCAACUCUGGUCGGACGGCACAUCAUGAAAGCCGCCGCCGACAGUAACUUGAAGAAAGUCACUCUCGAACUGGGUGGCAAGUCGCCGAACAUCAUUCUCCCCGAUGCAAACCUAGAGGACGCAAUUGAAUGGGUGAAUCUGGGCAUCUUCUUCAAUCACGGGCAGUGCUGCUGUGCAGGUUCUCGCAUUCUUGUUCAUGAAGCUGUCUAUGAUAAAUUCCUAGAGCUUUUCAAGAAGCGAGCAGAGCAAAACAAGGUCGGAGACCCGUUCAGCACCGAAACCUUCCAGGGACCUCAGGUAUCACAGAUCCAAUAUGACCGGGUCAUGGGUUACAUUCAGGAUGGAAAGGGUGCGGGUGCUACGGUGGUCACUGGUGGCGAUCGUCAUGGCAGCGAAGGAUACUACAUCCAACCCACGAUUUUUGCUGAUGUCACUGAGCACAUGACAAUUGUGAAAGAGGAGAUCUUUGGACCUGUAUGCACAGUGCAAAAGGUCCACAGUGAGGAGGAGGCUAUUAGAGUGGCCAAUAACACAAACUACGGCUUAGCCGCAGCUGUCCACACCACGAACAUCAACACUGCCAUCAGAGUUUCCAACGCCGUCAAAGCUGGAACCGUGUGGGUCAACAACUACAACACACUUCACUACCAGAUGCCUUUUGGUGGUUUCAAGGAAUCUGGAAUUGGCCGAGAGCUUGGAUCAUACGCCCUCGAGAACUACACCGAGGUGAAGACAGUCCGCGUGCACCUUCAGUCCAUGGAAGACUCUCGCCGACGUCAGCUUCAUAGCUGUGAUCCAUGUCGCAAGGGCAAAAGAGGCUGCGACGCGCCUAAAGAACGACAAAAGAGCGCAUUUAGUUCUUGCUCCAACUGCACACGAUGGAAAAAGGAGUGCACAUUCAACUGGAUCUCCUCAAAGCGCGUGGACUCGAGAGGGAGUCGAAAACGAAUCAAGACCGGCACCGCGAGCGUAGCGAUCAUAGGGUCUAAUGACGAAGCUCCCGACGAGAUACUACGCGCUGCACAAACACAUCCUACCAAUGCCGGAGAAUUGCUUAGCCCCCCUGAAACCUUAGAUUACACCUUCUCCUCAUCCUCAUCGCACCCACAAAAUCACUUUAUCGAGUCAUUCCAAAAUCUCAACUCAACCACCGACCAAUCCCAAUCAUUUCCUUGGACGAUGGACAUACCAUACGAUUUGCAAGUCAACAGCUCAAAUCAACUUGCAUCUCCAGACUCCUCCGUGGAAUCCGACGCCCCGACUGAGUUUUUUGAUUUGGCACCAAACUCUAUCGAGAGCACAUAUGGAUCAUUACCACAGCAUGGAUAUGCAUCCACCACUCAGAUGAUAUCAACGGUUCCGGCGUGGAAACAGACUCGAUACAAACAUUUAUCAGAGGCUGCCUCUGACGGAAGCUUAAAUCCAGAACAACAAUGGAGCUUCUGCAUCGCUUCUGAAAAUACAGCCAAGCAAAGUGCUCGUGCGACGAUGUCACGGAAUCUGGUUCGCAUAUACCAUGACAGCAUGGAGAAUGCUUUGUCAUGUUGGUUGACUGAGCACAACUGCCCGUACAGUGACACAAUCAGUCAAGUGGUUCCUAAUCGAGAGAUGAAGGCGUGGGGUCCAAAUUGGUCAAACAGAAUGUGUAUCAGGGUCUGUCAGUUGGAUCGUGUAUCAUCCUCAAUACGCGGCAGAGCAUUAAGUGCGGAAGAAGAUACGAAGGCGGCUCGAGCGCUUCAUCUAGCGAUUAUGUCGUUUGCAUCGCAGUGGACUCAGCAUGCACAGAAGGGCACAGGCGCGACAGUUCCCUCGGCAAUCGACCAUGACGAGAGAUCGAUCCGAGAGAAAGUUUGGAACGAGGCAAGGCAGGCUUUGGAGCAUUCGAGCCACAUUCCGUCUUUUCGUAUCGCAUUCGCGAACAUCAUUUUCUCUUUGACGCAAAGUCCGCUAGAUAAAACGCAGGAAGUCAGCUUGGGUGAGCUUUUGGAGAAUGAUCGUGCGCCAAUAUUUCUAGAGACCGCCAACCGCCAAAUUUUCACAUUCCGGCACAAGUUCACAAGAUUGCAGCGAGAGGCUGCUCCCAAAGUGAGAGAGCUUGGGAGGAGGUCUAUAGACCCAACAAUAACGAACGUUCGGGAAAUGCCACAGCUUUCAGAGGCUCCGCAACUUGAUCCACUUCUGACUAGCCAUGAACACCGCACUACGCUAGAUCUCAUGUUUUGGCUAGGCGUUAUGUUUGAUACCCUAAGUUCUGCAAUGUAUCAGCGUCCUUUAGUAGUGUCGGAUGAGGACAGCCAAAUCGCAUCGGCCUCCCCGCGAAUAGCUGAGUCCGAAGAUCAAAUUGAUCUCGAUCACUGGAAUAUGACAAGAAGCAAGACACGUGGGAAACAGGAUGUGUGGGGUGAUUUAUUCCUUCGUUCUUCAAUCGAACGCCAGGGAUCGAGCCAAGACCAGCCGAGAUGGCCGUGCUCCUACGAAGAAGCCGCAUCUGUACUGUCGGAAGCGACUCCUGUCAAAGUCCUGCUCUACCGUCGAGUGACACAGCUCCAAACUUUGGUUUACCGAGGUGCAAGUCCUGAUAAUAUUGAAAACGUUAUCCAGAAAACCCUCGCGGUCUGCCAACACUGGGAUUCCACAUACCAGAGUUUCAUGGUCGAUUGUGUCAACAAUCAUGAACUGCUUCCUUCUCGCAUACAGUCGUGGUACGUCAUUCUCGACGGCCACUGGCACCUCGCUGUGAUGCUUUUGGCGGAUGUGCUAGAAAGCAUUGACAAAUGCGCGCUUGGCUCUGAUGUUGCACGUGAAGCUCGGAAAACGACACACUUGGUUGCUACACUUCGAACCAAUAAUGCGUUGGCAGUCGGCGGACUUGCCCGAGCUUCAAUUCAAGGUCAGGACUCGUUCAUGAACCCUCACUUCCAUGAUUCUCUCAGUGAAGUGGCCUUCCUAGUUGAACCGUGGACGGCCGUACUGGUCCAUUGCUUUGCCAAGGCAGGAUAUAUUUUGCUUGAAUGUUUUGAUACUUCCGGAGAUCAAAAUAUAUAUACGGAGUGCUUAAGGCAGAACUGCGAGUUCUUGAUCCGUGCGCUUCAAUACCUCGGAAGAAAGUCCGACAUGGCUUUUUUGGUGGCUCGGAGUUUGUCAAGGUCUUUGGAAGCAAAGCUUGCCUUGGCAUAA